AUGGGCUUAAGGAACCACAGCACCAUCACUGAAUUUAUCUUCAUUGGACUGUCUGCUGACCCCCACGUUGAGGUUCUGCUAUUUGUCCUCUUUCUGGUGAUUUAUCUCCUAACCACGAUGGGAAACCUGAUGCUGUUGCUGGUGAUCAAGGCAGACGUCCAUCUACAUACUCCCAUGUACUUCUUCUUGAGUAAUCUGUCAUUCCUGGACCUUUGCUUCUCUUCUGUUACUCUACCCAAGCUCCUGGAGGACCUCCUGUCUGAGAAGAAAACCAUAUCAAAAGGAGGCUGCCUGGCUCAGGUCUUCUUUGUGUUUUUCACUUCAGGGACGGAAGCCUGUCUUCUCUCAGUGAUGGCCUAUGACCGCUAUGCUGCCAUCUGCCGCCCACUGCUCUAUGGACAAGUGAUGAGCAACCGACUCUGUGCGAAACUGGUGUUGAUCUCAUGGGGCCUGGCCUCUCUCAAUGCACUGGUGAUUUUGCUCUUAGGUAUAAAUAUGGACUUCUGUGAUGCCCAAACUAUACACCACUUCACCUGUGAGCUGCCUGCUCUCUUUCCCUUGUCCUGCUCGGAUAUAUCCAUCCAUAUCAACAUCCUUCUUGGUGCCAGCUUGCUACAUGGUCUUGGAACCUUUAUCCCAAUCUUCUUGUCCUAUGCCCGCAUUAUCUCCACCAUCAUGAGCAUCAGUUCCACCACUGGCAGAAGUAAAGCUUUCAACACCUGCUCCUCUCACCUGAUUGCAGUGGUCCUGUUCUUUGGUUCAGGGUUUCUUUGCUAUCUCAUGCCUCCAUCUGGUUCCUCUUGGGAUUUGCUCUUAUCCUUGCAAUACAGUGUAGUCACACCCCUGAUGAAUCCCCUUAUUUACAGCCUAAAAAACAAAGAAGUGAAGGCAGCUGUGAAAAAAAUACUAGGGAAAUAUCUAUAA